AUCUUGCUUUUUUUUUCUCUCUCUUCUUCUUCCUCCAUAGUCCUGCUUCUAAGUGCAACUUCAUGUUGACAUAAACCACUAUCAUAGAUAGAUAAAAAGAGAAUACUUGAGAAAAACCCUAAUUGAGAAACAGAGAAUAAACUCUUCAAGGGCCAUAUCCAUGGAGUUGAAGGGAGCUACUUCAACCCUCUUCUUCUUCCUUCUCCUCCUAUUACAAACUGUACUUUUCUUCCCUUUCCCUGCCUUUGCCGGAGAUAUAGUUCACCAAGAUGACAUCUCUCCUAAAAGACCCGGCUGUGAAAACAAUUUCGUUCUGGUAAAAGUUCCAACAUAUGUCAACGGCGUAGAAGAGAUUGAAUUUGUGGGUGUUGGUGCUAGAUUUGGUCCUACUCUGGAAUCAAAGGAGAAGCGUGCCAUCCACACUAGACUUGAAAUUCCCGACCCUUCAGAUUGCUGUAGUCAACCCAAAAAUAAGCUUAUAGGAAGGGUUAUCUUGGUACAUCGGGGUAACUGUAGUUUCACAGCCAAGGCAAAUUUUGCAGAAGCUGCUGGUGCUUCAGCCAUAAUUAUUAUAAACAAUCAGACAGAGCUUUUCAAAAUGGUCUGCGAAGUCAAUGAGACUGAUGUCACUAUUGGCAUACCUACUGUCAUGCUUCCACAAGAUGCUGGUGUAAAACUGGAGAACUACAUUAAAAACAACUCCAUUGUUUCUGUGCAGCUCUACUCUCCAAAGCGUCCUCCAGUUGACAUAGCUGAAGUGUUCUUGUGGCUUAUGGCGGUUGGUACUAUAAUAUGUGCAUCUUAUUGGUCUGCAUGGAGUGCUAAAGAAGCAGCUAUUGAGCAGGAUAAACUCCUAAAGGAUGGAUCUAAUGAAUAUCUAGACAUGGAGAAAACUGGUUCUGGUGGUGUAGUGGACAUCAGCACAAUGUCAGCCAUUUUCUUUGUUGUGAUUGCUUCAUGUUUCUUGGUUAUGCUGUAUAAGUAUAUGUCCAUUUGGUUCAUCGAUAUUCUGGUGACUUUGUUUUGUAUCGGUGGUAUAGAGGGUCUUCAAACUUGUCUGGUUGCUUUAUUAUCCAGUUUCCGAUGGUUUGAACAUGCUUCUGGAUCAUUUGUCAAAGUACCAGUCCUUGGAUCUGUUUCAUAUCUUUUGCUAGCUGUAUCUCCAUUUUGCAUUGCUUUUGCUGUGCUCUGGGCAGUGUGCCGCCACAAAGUGUUUGCUUGGAUUGGGCAAGAUAUACUUGGGAUUGCUCUGAUUGUCACAGUUCUCCAGAUUGUACGUGUUCCAAAUCUAAAGGUUGGAACAGUUCUCCUAAGUUGUGCCUUCAUGUAUGAUAUUUUCUGGGUAUUUGUCUCCAAGUUGUGGUUCAAGGAGAGUGUCAUGAUAGUGGUUGCUCGUGGUGACAAGAGUGGGGAAGAUGGUAUUCCGAUGUUGCUUAAAAUUCCUAGAAUGUUUGACCCUUGGGGUGGCUAUAGCAUCAUUGGAUUUGGAGACAUUUUAUUACCUGGAUUGCUCAUAGCAUUUUCACUCAGGUUUGACUGGUUAUCAAAGAAGAAUCUCAGAGCUGGAUAUUUCUUAUGGACAAUGAUUGCAUAUGGAUUAGGUCUCCUAAUUACAUAUAUAGCUCUCAAUAUGAUGGAUGGACACGGCCAGCCAGCUUUGCUCUACAUCGUUCCCUUCACGUUGGGCACUUUGUUGACAUUGGGAAGAAAACGAGGAGAUCUCAUGAUCCUGUGGACUAGAGGAGAACCGGAGAGGCCUUGCCCACACCAUCAACUUGAAACCUCUCAAUAAAGAUCAUUCCUAACCACGGAUGAGAAUACUACUACUAGGCUGAUGUAACUCUUAGAAGAUGUUCUCAUUAUAUACUUAUAUAGGUAGUUAUAUAACCUCUGUAAAUUUGUGUCCAACAGAGUCAAAAUAUGCUUCUUUUUCUUUUUAAAAAGAUUUUUUUCAUAAAAACAACGCUAAACACAAAGAUUACAUCGA